AUGUUCGCCCGUCCGUUCCGUCAGAGCGGUGUUAUUAAGAUGUCGACCUAUCUGCGAACAUUCAAAGUGGGCGACUAUGUGGACAUUAAGGCCAAUGGUGCCAUCCAUAAGGGCAUGCCUCACAAGUUCUACCACGGUCGCACUGGCCGUGUGUACAACGUCACCAAGCGUGCCGUUGGUGUGCGUGUGAACAAGGUGGUGGGCAACCGUGUUAUCCACAAGCACAUUAAUGAGAAUGAGCUGAAGAAAAAAGAGGCUCGUGCUACUGGUGUCCGUGCUCAGAUUAAGCGUACCCCUGCGCUGCCCAAGGCCGCUUACACGCUCAAGACUAAUGGCGUUAAGCCCAUCACCAUGGCUGCACAGCCAUUCGUGGACCUCAUUGGAGUGCACUCAAUUUGUGACGGGCUAGCUCAAACUCUCGGGCUUUUUUCUAAUUUUAACGAGCUGAACAUAAUGAAAGAACGAGUCAAACUUUUCGACAUUUUCACAUCCAUUCCGCCAUUUUGUGCCCCUUCGCCACCUCCAAGGAUGAACAUGCCGAUGGACGACGCAUCGAUGGAAAAAUACGCCGAUUUUCUGGACAAUCUUGAAAAAACAGAUCCGGAAGGCUACAGACAUCUCAUUGACACAAUGCAAAACCAAUUGCAAGCCGCAGAGGAUCCGAUAAAUUCAUCAGGAGUUGACGCUGACGGUGCACUCUUGGAUAUUCUCAAGAAUGUGACUGAGGUACGGGGAGGUGCUGCCAACAUUGAUUCGCCAGAUUUCAACCCGCGGUUUCCUGGUGAUAAGGUAAUGGGGAAAGACGGAUUAAAGACGAGUUUAGAGGGGAUGUACAUAGAAGUCAAAGCUGGCUUUGUUAUCAAGACAACUGACGUCAAAUCCAGGAAAAAGGUUUUCGUAAACGUAGUGUAUGCUGAUGAGAUUCAAGAGUUUUCGGGUAAAAAAAAGCUGGAUGAUGAGGGGAAGGAGCAAGAAGGAAUUCAUGUACCACUUAGUCUUGGCGCUCCACAUGAAGUGAAAGAUAAGAAUGGAGUGGAAUCGCUGGCUUUUGACGUUGCAGUGAACACGAAAGUUGUAGACGAUUGCCGAGCCGAUAAAUCCGGCGCAUUUCGAAAUUUUGUUUGCGAGCUUGCGAUCGAAUACAUCGACCAGAAGUACAAAAUCAAGCUUGAUGGUCGCUUUAAGCUGCCAAGACUGACGUAUCGUGGAGAGCUACCGCCUCCUAGGCACUAUAUACGCAAAACUCAGGCACCAAUUAUUCAGGAAGUUACUGCAGAUAAGACGAUUGGAUCAAAAAAUAGCAAGGCAAAAGCUGCUUUAUCAAAAUCAGCGAAAACAGCUACAGCAAAAUAUGAGAUUUAUGAAGUAUACAAUGGAAAUCGUUUGGUGUGUACAAGACUUCCUUCUGUUUCAAAGGGCAGUACACCUUUGUCACAAGAGGUGUUGGAACAAGCGCAAAAUCAAUUAGUUGUCGUGAUUCUGUUUCCGAACAAGAUUUAUACGGCGAAUGACAUCCAACUAGAAUUGCACGCCGAGCUAUUGAGUAUCAAGGCACCUACUCAUCAUGACUUGGACGUCUUUCUUCCGUAUCCCGUAGAUAUUUCCUCUGCCAGCGUUUGCUUCAAUCAGGAUAAUAACGCGCUGGAGAUGUCGCUUGUAGUCGAUAAAUCUUGGAACAGUAUUGCAUCCGACUGUGGUUCCGCGCCCUGGCUACUCGCAAGAGCGCUUCACGAGGACAAUGAAGUUGAAGAUGGCAGCAAUGUAGAAAAAGCUGCUGAUCUUGUCGGCAAAAACCCAAUGUCACUUGUGGAGAAAUUUCAUCUUGUGAAUACAACGAAGUCGCAUGAUAAAGCAAUUGGUGAUAGACUCGCAACAAAAGCGACUCCACGAUGGGAUCCCGUUCUAGAAGAUGAAGAGUUGCCUGAAGACCGAUUUCAUCGCAAAGAUAUGAUGUCUAUGCAUAUUCUCGAGCAGCGACGUGCUGAGCGUGAACAAAAGGCGAAAGAAGCUGAUCAAAAACAGAGACAAAGGCGUGCAGAGGUUGAGAGUAUGCAAAGGAAGGCAGCAGAAGCUGGUAAAACAUGGCGUGAGAUGUAUCCGAACGAGCCAGAAACAACUUACAUAGAUGUCGAGGAAAUUGUCCGACAGGAAAAGGAAAGACUUGACCGUCAUUUGGAAAAAAAGAAAAUGGAAGAGGAAGAUCCAUCCAGUGAGUUCAUGCCUACAGAGGAUGCAAUUCGAGCAGCUAUGAAAUGGUCUGAAUCCAGAGCAAACAGAAAUCUUGAUUUGCAAUCCGCCUUGGCAUUCGAUUUGCUCUAA